AUGUUUAACUGGGUGGUGAAAGUGGUCCCCCAACCCCCUGAAGCUCCAGAAACAGAUGAACCUGCCAAGACCCCUGCUGUUCCCCCCAAAAUUAAAGCGGCCAUACCUUCAGUGAAGAGUCCUCCACCGAAAAACACAGAGGAGGCUUCAGAAGACAGUCAGGCCCAGACUGGAGUAUUAGGCUGGUUGUCUAAUGGGUUCGUCAGCGCUCUGCCGCAGCCGUCCAGCUCCCCUCGACUCAGCCGGGCCAACGACUCCCGGACAGAAGAUGGAGAAAGGUCUGGAGUGAUGGGCUGGGUCGCUCAGGGUCUGACCAAGGUUCUGCCUCAGCCCGACGACAAGUACAGAGAGACCAACACCGAGGAGCACACCGAGAUCUAUGAAGUGGAAACAAUGCCAGAUUUCGAUCCCCUCCCACACAUCCCAGUGGUGGAGCUGGUGUCAGAGGACGAGGACGAAGACGCAGAAAGUCUGACCCCCCAGUUCCCCCCGAAUGUGGUGAAAUGGAUAAGGGAGAUCAUGCCUCAGCCAGUUAUACUGCCCCCUGGUGCUGUCAUGAUAAAUCAUUCACCCAAGUCGUCCCGCUCCUCUGUGGACAAAAUUCUGUCUCCUCCACCUGAGUCUCUCAGUGGAAUCUCAAUCGAUACUGACAGCAAAGUGUCCCAUGUGGUCGGCUGGUUCAUGUCCGGUCUGGGCCUGAAGCUGCCUCAGCCUGCGAUUGCCCCCAAAGAUGAAAUCGAGUGUGCAGAUCAAGUUCUACAGAAAGCUUCAUCCAAACUCAAACCUGACCUGGUCCUAGAAGACGUGGACUCAGACAACGAGGGUCAGCACAGAUCUGCACCACCAUGCACAUCAUUGUUGACUCCUCCAUCACCGACGACCCCCCAGCAGCAGGACACGAUGCAGCAGACGCAGAGCAGUUCCAUGCCGUCCCAGGUGCAGGCUGAGGCCGAUCCAGUGCCAGGAGAACCUUCAGAGAGCCCGACCAAGAUAUCUCAGGAAGAUGCCGAGACUCAGACGGGCCGCUGGACGCCGUUUAUUGAGAGCAUCAAGAGAGAGGCUGAAGAUUCGGCCUUUGCUACCAUGGAGGAACGUCUGCUGGUGGAGCGCGUGGCGAUGACCCGUGUGGCCGAGGAGGUGGCCAGGCAGGCGGCGGAGACGGCCGUCAGACAGAUGGCCAGCGAGGGACAUUCCAUCAGGCUCUCGCUGGACAGUGCAGAGCUGCUGGAGGAGCCUGACGCUGAAAAGGAAGAGAGUCUUGCAGAGGACGAUGAAGACCCAGAAGAGCCUGUGGUACCUACCUUAUUAGAACUAGCGCUAAAGGAGGAUGCAGAGCCACAGCGGACGUCCCCUCCCCCCCCUCCAAGUCCUGAGCCAGUUAAGAUCUCUGAACCAGAGCCACAUCCUGAACCAGAACCUGAACCUGAACCUGAAUCAGAACCAGAACCAGAACCAGAACCAGAACCAGAUCCAGAACCAGUGACCAAGACCCAGGAAGCCAAAUCCAACGCUCAGCCUGUGACGCAGCAGCCACAGAAAGCAGAGCCAAUCGGAGAAGUCCCUGAUGCUGACAAAGCUGCAGAGAAAGAGGAGGAAGAUACUGGGGAUGACUGUGGUGAGAGCUCCAGCGUCAGCAUUCGUCCAGCCGUCAAUGUGGAGGACGUGGACUCAGACCAUGAGAGAAAAGGAGAAGGAGGAGGAAGAGGAGGAGGAGGAGGAGGAGGAGGAGGAGGAGGAGGAGGGGAGGAACAGAUUCCCAUCCCCAAAAUCCUCACCCCACAGGACCCCAAGUUUACAACCCUCACUGUCCCUGUGACCCCGUCUGGAGGUCGUCAGAGUAAAGGAGAUAAAGAUAGUGGAAGGAAUCAUCGGACCAUCUGGACAAAGAUCAGGAGGCUUCAGUCUCAAAGUGAAGAUGACGAGGAUGAAGGAAACCUCCCAGACAGAGCCUGGCCCAGCCAGUCCAGCCUGCACAGCACAGAUGACGUUCUGAAAGAGCGUCCGGCGUCCUCGGCCAGUCAGACCAGCACGGUGGUGAACGAGCGGCUGCAGGAGCUGGUGCGGAUGUUUAAAGAGAGAACGGAGAAGGCCAAGGAGAAGCUCAUCGACCCUGACAGCUCCGACGAAGACAGCAUCGUCCCCUCACCUCCUCAGCCGGCUCCUUCAGGGCAGCCGCUGGACAGGGGAGAGAAGGAUGCACAGGAAGGAGGAGUGGAGAGUGAGGAGGAGGAGGAGGAGCAGGCCAGGGGCCGCUGCAAUGGCAAAGCUCCUCGGUGCUUUCUGGCCUGUGUGCACUAUCGUUUCCCUGCCAGCAUCGACCCCUUCACCAACCUGAUGUAUGUGCUGUGGAUGUUCCUGGUGACCAUGGCCUGGAACUGGAACGCCUGGUUCAUCCCCGUGCGCUGGGCCUUCCCCUAUCAGACCCCUGACAACAUUUACUACUGGCUGCUGAUCGACUACCUGUGUGACCUCAUCUACAUCCUGGACAUCACCAUCUUCCAGCCACGUCUGCAGUUUGUUCGUGGGGGGGACAUCGUGAGCGACAAAAAGGACAUGAGAAAGAAUUACAUGAAAACCAAACGCUUCAAGUUUGAUGUCGCCAGCCUCGUUCCCCUGGAGCUCUUCUAUUUCAAGACCGGAAUCAACCCCCUGCUCCGCUUACCACGGCUGCUGAAGAUCAACUCCUUCUUCGAGUUCAACGAGCGUCUGGAGGCCAUCUUGACUAAAGCCUACAUCUACAGGGUGAUCCGUACCACCACCUAUCUUCUGUACUGUCUCCACUGUAACGCCUGCCUCUACUACUGGGGCUCUGCCUACACAGGACUGGGUUCCACUAAGUGGGUUUACAAUGGAGAGGGCAACAGUUACAUUCGCUGCUACUACUUUGCGGUGAAGACCCUGAUCACCAUCGGAGGUCUCCCCGACCCCACCACCCUGUUCGAGAUCGUCUUUCAACUCAUCAACUACUUUGUUGGAGUCUUUGCCUUCUCUAUCAUGAUAGGACAGAUGCGUGAUGUGGUCGGUGCAGCCACCGCGGGUCAGACCUACUACCGCACAUGCGUAGACAACACUAUUAAAUACAUGUCGUCGUACCGCAUCCCCAAAGACGUCCAGAACCGCGUGAAGACCUGGUACAACUACACCUGGCAGUCGCAAGGCAUGCUGGACGAGCAGGAGCUGCUGACUCAGCUGCCGGAUAAGAUGCGUCUGGACAUUGCUAUAGAUGUCAACUACUCCAUCGUGAGCAAAGUCCCACUGUUCCAGGGUUGUGACAGACAGAUGAUCUUUGACAUGCUGAAAAGCCUUCGCUCUGUCGUCUACCUGCCGGGAGACUACGUCUGCAAGAAGGGUGAGGUGGGGCGGGAGAUGUACAUCAUCAAAGCGGGGGAGGUGCAGGUGGUCGGGGGACCUGAUGGGAAGACGGUGUUCGUCACUCUCAGAGCAGGAUCCGUUUUCGGAGAGAUCAGUUUGCUUUCAGUAGGCGGGGGUAAUAGACGCACAGCCAAUGUGAUUGCUCAUGGAUUUGCCAAUCUCUUCAUCCUGGACAAGAAAGACCUGAACGAGAUCCUGGUCCACUACCCCGAGUCCAAGAAACUGCUCCGCAAGAAGGCCAGGAAGAUGCUGACCAAGGGAAAGAAACCUGAGGUCAAAGAAGAAGCGAAGGAGGCACCUCUGGCCCCGUCGGCUGCCGUCAGGCCGGAGACGCCCCGACUGCUGAGAGCCGCCCUGGAGAUGACCGAGAGGGCGACUGGACUCAGAGGAGCUCUGGCUGAAGUCAAGGAGAAGACCAACAAGUCCUUCAUCUCAUUACAUCCCUCCAUCGCUUCCUCCCUGCCUCCUCUGUCUCCCACCUCCAGCUCUGGACCCGACAGAGACGGGGACACGCCCUCACCCGUCUAUGCCAGCUCUGCGUCAAUUCACUCUUUGGGGCCUCGCUCCGCAUCCCAGUGCUGCGGCCCCGCAGACGAAACACUCGCCACGGACCAGAGCGAGGAGGACGUCUGUGAGGACGAAGGGGGCGAGGCCGAGAAGAGGAAAGGUCGGAGGAGUUAG